GUAACAUUAAUGGCGUCCUUUCUAAUCAUUAUAUCAUCAGUCCUUCCUCUAUUCCUUAUCUUCAUUCUUUCUAAAUUUAGAAACCCUAGAUCAAAACUUCCACCAGCCCCACGUGGACUUCCCAUAAUCGGAAACUUGCACCAGCUCGACACCUCCAACCUCCCCGACCAUCUAUGGCAACUAUCGAAACGCUACGGCCCACUCAUGUCCCUGCGCCUGGGUUCUGUCCAAACGCUCGUUGUUUCUUCCGCACGAAUGGCCAAAGAGGUCUUGAAAACAAACGAUGCGAUCUUUUGUAGUAGGCCUGUUCUUACAGGCCAAAAAAAGAUCACCUAUGGCUACAAAGGUUUGAUUUUGACGCCUUACAAUGAUUACUGGAGAGAAAUGAGAAAGAUUUGCACUCUUCAUCUUUUCACUUCGAGAAGGGUGCUUUCGUUUCGUGGUGAUCGUGAAGAAGAAGUCAUGCUCAUGAUCAACAAAAUAAAAUCCCAAAUCGUCACUUCUUCUUCUUCUUCAUCACAAGUAGUGGUGAAUUUGAACGAGAGUGUGAUGACUGUUACAAGUAUGAUCAUUUGUAGAAUGGCUUUCGGUAAGAGAGAUGGACCAGAAAUGAGUCGGUUUCAUGGGCUUCUUUUGGAGUGUCAAGCGGUGUUGGUGCACUUCUAUUUUAGGGAUUAUUUUCCAUUGAUGGGGUGGAUUGAUCAUCUCAACGGGAGCAUGGCUAGGCUUGAGAAGAAUUUCAAAGAUAUGGAUGCGUUCUACCAACAACUUGUGGAUGAGCAUUUAAAUUCCGAGAAUAGGCCCAAGAACAUGCAACACGAUAUCAUUGACAUCUUGCUUCAGCUCAAGAACGACAACUCUUUUUCACUCGAUCUCACUUUUGAUCACAUCAAAGCAAUAGUCAUGGAUAUAUUCUUGGCAGGUACGGAAACGAGUGCAUCUGUAGUUGUAUGGGCGAUGACUUUACUCAUUAAGAACCCGAAAGCUUUAAAAAGGGUUCAAGAAGAGGUCAGAAAUGCAGUAGGCAACAAAGGAAAGAUCGAUGAAGAUGACUUACCAAAACUCGACUACUUGAAAGCGAAGACUCUGGUUUAUGUGAAUUCAUGGGCCAUUGGGCGAGAUCCGGAAUAUUGGGAAAAACCAGAAGAGUUUGAGCCAGAGAGGUUUUUGGGUAGUAGCUAUGAUUACAAAGGGACGGAGUUUGAGUUUAUUCCAUUUGGUUCGGGUCGAAGAGGGUGCCCGGGAAUGUCAAUUGGAGCUACCACCAUGGAAUUGAUCCUUUCGAAUCUCCUUUACGCUUUUGACUGGAAAUUACCCGAUGGGAUGAAGGGAGAGGAUGUAGACACCAUGACAACUCCUGGGCUUGUUCUCCACAAGAAAAAUGUGCUUUAUCUUGUUGCAGUUGAUAACAAAAUAGAUCCAAAUAAUUAG